ACAAGGUCCAAGGCACUCCCAGCUCUUGGCUUUAUGGAGCUGAGGCAGGUGCUGUUGAGAUGGGGCCAGGUGCUGUCCAAAGCAGAGAACCAAGGUGUGAGAACUGGGAAACAAGCUUUGCUACUCGCUCUGAGCCUCAGUUUCCCCACUCGGCAUCAUCCAUUGACAAGAACCAGAGCCCAACGACUGUCUGUGAAGGUGGCCUGACACGGUCUCUCUCACCUCCUUAAGUGAGCCUGGAGGCCUCCAACCCACAGAAGGAAGGUCACACACAAGACCCUUUGAGAUGGAUCGAGUGACCAGAUACCCCAUCUUCAGCAACCCCCGCUCAGCACGUGUCACCAGCUUGGCACUGGAUGAAGACACCAGCUACACCGUUGAGCUAGUGGGCGUGGGGCCUGAGGCUGGUUGGAGCCAGGGUGAUCUGCAGGCCUGGUCCACUGAGUACCAGACCAAGCCGGAUGUAAAGAGAACAAACGUGUCUUCCAACAGACGCGUCUUCCUUGGCCAGCAGUCCCCGAGGUCACUGCACUUGGAAGAUGACGAUGAGGAGAUGAAGUCUUAUCACCUGGACGACAGCAGUGACACCCUCGGCAGGCAGCGGAGGGAGCUGGAGGCUGAGCGCUGGGCAGUCGUCAGGAAAGGUGGCACAGUGGCCACACUCCAGGCUGCAUCGGACCAUGGGGACCUCAGGAUUGCCAGACAACCUCAGUCCACGGUCACAGAGGAGAUCUUGGUGGACACGGAGCAAAUUGAUUUCCUGGCUGCUCGACAGCAAUUCCUGAGCUUAGAAAAGGCAAACACAAACCCAGUCACCUGCAGCCUCACAACCAGGGAGACCUUCCCACGAACCCCACCAGACAUCAACCAAGCGUCCAAGGCCUCCACUGGGCCCCACCUAGCCAAUGGCUAUACCGCUGCCGUCACGUCACCAAUGAAGGAAGUGACCCUGGAGAAGUCUUUCCAUGUUUCCCCAGCUAGAUCCAUUCAUAUAGUCAACGAUCCUGGCAGUCAGACCCAAGCAGAAUCCCCUGAGACCCCCAAAGAGACGCCCAUCGAGAGAGAGAUCAGGCUGGCCCAGGAGCGAGAGGCAGAGCUGAGGGAGCAGAGAGGGCUUGGGCGAGCUGCCGGGCAUCAAGAGCUGGUACAGAUCCCCAGCAAGCCACUGCUCAGCAAGAUGAGCUUGACAGAGACACCUCCACGAAGAGACAGAGGCCGCCCAUCCCUCUACGUGCAGAGGGACAUGGUGCAAGAGACACAGCGGGAAGAAGAUCAUCGACGAGAGGGGCUGCAGGUGGGCAGGGCAUCCACACCUGACUGGCCUUCCCAGGACCCUCAGCCUGGGCUCCAGAGAAGCCUGAGCUCCGACUGCAUCCUCAGCCCAGAUGCCCGAGCCACAGACCCGGCUCCAGAGGCAAGGAAAGUCAGCCGGAUCCCACUGGAUGCCUACCAGCCGUAUCUGGGCCCUGGGACCCCUAAACUAGAAUUCUCAGCCUUUGGAGUAUACAGCAAGCCAAGCGGUGUCUUCGGUGGAGAAACCAAAGCCACAGUCUUCCAGAAGGCCACGGAGUCUCCAAGGCAUGUCUCAGAAUCCUCCGGCAGAUCUCUGAGCUCAAAGCAAGAGUGGUCCAAGCCUCCUGGAAAGGCUGCCUCCGGCAGAUCUCUGAGCUCAAAGCAAGAGUGGUCCAAGCCUCCUGGAAAGGCUGCCAAUGUGGGUGUGGUGAGAUUGGGGAAUUUCCACCUGCGUCCACUGCGAUUCAAGGUCCCAGAUGUCUCCCAGGGGACUGAGACCCCCCAUACCUGGGGCUGGGAAGUGGCUGGAGGCCCCAUUUUGAGGCUACAAAAGUCACAGUCAUCUGACCUGCUGGAGAGGGAGAUGGAGAGUGUCCUACGGAGGGAGCGGGAGGUGGCUGAAGAGCGGAGGAAUGCUUUCUUCCCAGAGGUGUUCUCCCCAGUGCCAACCGAGGAUGAGAGCCACGAGCAAGACUCCCGGAGUUCCUCCCGGGCAUCUGGCAUCACUGGCAGCUAUUCAGUGUCGGAAUCACCGCUCUUCACCCCCAUCCACCUGAAUUCGGGGCUGGUGUGGAAGGUGGAGGCCCCAGAGGACGGUGCUCCCCCAGGGCAGAAGACUAGGAAGGAGAUGUGGUAUGCAGGUAUCAACCCCUCAGACCGUGUCAACUCAGAGGUCCUGGGAGCCACCAGGGUAAAGCGACACAAGAAUCUCUUGGCGGAACGCUGGGAAGCACACAUCUAUGCCAGCGAGGAUGAAAACUGAGACUGGAAGCAGGGGGCCAUUCCCCUGCCUCACUGCAGUCCUGUGGAGGCCGCUAGACACGCCCCCAGGCUGAUGUUUGCGGCCUGUGGUUGGUUUGGUUUUCCGGGGUGGACGAGUGAUUCCUGCUUAGGGGUGGUUCUCAGCUAGGGCUGAAAUGAUAAUCCACCGAUCCCCAUCACAUCCCUCAGCCCUCAGCACAGUCCAGAGCUUGGAUCUGUCACUGCAGAAAGAAGGCUCUGUUUGGGGACCCACAUUCCACUCUUGCCAACCCCAAACGUAUGCCUGUUGCUAUGAAAUAAACCUGUC